AUGUCACAGCCACCACCCCUCGCCGACAAUCUUCCCCUCAACCCAUCUCAGAACCCCGCGGCAGUCCCGUCCAUCCCACGACUCCUCUACGGCACAGCCUGGAAGCAGGGCCGGACGACGCCCCUCGUCCUUGCCGCCCUCCGCUCCGGCUUUCGCGGCGUCGACACGGCCGCCCAACCCCUCCACUACCGCGAAGACCUCGUCGGCGCCGCUCUCCAGCAGCACCUCGCCAGCCCCUCGGCGGCGGCGUCGGCGGCGACGAGCGGCCCCGUCCCACGCGAGCCCAUCUUCGUCCAGACAAAGUUCAGCCCCAACCAGGCCACGACGGGCGACGACCUCGACCCGCCGGUGCCGUACCCCAUCGACGCGCCCCUCGAGCACCAGGUCGACGCCUCGCUCACCUCGUCCCUCGCCCACCUCGGCGCCGACCACGUCGACAUGCUCCUCCUGCACGCGCCCCUGCCCCUGCUGCCCGACACGCUGCGCGCCUGGCGCGCCAUGGAGGCCCACGUGCCCCGCGCCGCCCACCGCCUCGGCGUCUCCAACGUCACGCUGCCGCAGCUCGAGGCCAUCUGCGCCGCCGCCGCCGUGCCCCCCGCCGUCGUCCAGAACCGCUUCCGCGCCCCCUUUGACGCCGCCGUGCGCGCCUUUUGCCGCGAGCGCGGCAUCGUCUACCAGGCCUUCUGGACGCUGACCGCCAACGCCGCCCUCGUCGGCAGCGAGUUCGUCGGCGGCGUCGCGGAUGCCGCCCGCGUCAGCCGCGAGGUUGUCUUCUACGGUCUCGUCUUGGCCCUCGGCGCCUGCGUGCUCGACGGCACCACGAGGGAAGAGGAGAUGAGGGCUGAUCUCGAGGGGAUCGAGACGCUGAGCCGCUGGGCCGACGGGGAUGGGAGAGAGCUCUGGGAGGUGGCUGUCAGGGCCUUCAAGAAGAAGGUCGGCGAUGAGGUUUGA